UAAGUGGACUUACUCGAAAUUAUUCAAAUUUCUUUUUUUUCAAAAUUAUCCGACCCGAAAACACCUUUGCCAAAUGCGGGUUUAUUGUAAUAUUUCGAUGAAUUUUACCUGUCACCAUUUUUGCGGCUUUAUAAACUUCAAAAGUAACAAAACCCUUCUAAAACCCUUGCUCAGCAUCUCAUUCGUACAACGCCGACGAUGAAGUUCCCGACACAUGAUGUGCGCAGCCGCACAUUUUGCGUCUGCCGAACUUUCAUGGACGGUGCCGCCGCCACCAUCAAAUUCGUUAGAGACCGCGGCCUAGAUCAUGCAGUGGAGCGAGAAAAGAACCUUCGGCCGCUCUUAAAUGUUAAGAACCUCAUCAAAUCGGAACCAUCCAAGUCCGUCCCACUCUCUAUAAUCUCCCAACACAAGGAAUCCCUGAAGAUCCCCUCUCGCCCCAUCGAAUUUAUCCGCAAAUACCCUUCAGUCUUCCGGGAAUUCCUCCCUGGUGGAAUCGGGACCGGAAUCCACCCCCAUAUCAUGCUGACGCCAGAAGUGCUGGAUAUUGAUGCCGAAGAGCAUUUGGUUUACCAGAGUGAUUCUUACAAGCAACUAGUAGCUGACAGUCUUCUGAAACUGCUGAUGAUAUCAAGAACGAACAAAAUACCCAUUAGGAUUCUUGAUAUAUUGAAAUGGGAUCUGGGUCUUCCUCAAAAUUACUUGAAAACUCUCGUCCCGGAUUUUCCUGAUUAUUUUCGCCUUGUUGGGUCUGAGGACUCUGGUCAGUUGGAGUUGGUUUGUUGGAGUGAUGAGCUGGCAGUUUCAGUUCUGGAAAAGAAGACCAUGAAGGGUGAAUCAGGGUAUUCCAAGGGGAUGCCUAUAGCAUUUCCUGCUAAGUUUUCAAAGGGAUUUGAGAUGGAUAAGAAGGUGAAAAAGUGGUGGGAUGAUUGGCAGAAAUUGCCUUAUGUUUCACCAUAUGAGAAUGCUCUUCAUCUUUCACCAAAAACUGAUGAAUUUGACAAGUGGGUAGCUGCUGUUUUGUAUGAGAUUUUGUAUCUUUUUGUUGGAAAAAAGGCAGGGAGGGAUGAUUUGUUGUGUGUUGGGGAGUAUUUGGGCAUAAGGUCGAGGUUUAAGAGAGUUUUGCUUCACCAUCCACAUAUUUUUUACUUAUCAAGCAAGACAGGGACUUAUACAGUGGUUUUGAAGGAGGCCUAUAAAAGGGGGUUGUUGCUCGAGAGUAAUUCAUUGAUGAAUAUCAGGAAUCGUUAUAUUCAUCUUAUGCACACAGUUAAGGAAAAUGGUAAAGAUAUUUCUAUUCCUAGUGGAAGCAAUCAAGAAAAGAAGGCAACGAGUAGUGCACCCACAAAGGAAGAAGGUGGUGGUGAUGAUGAUGAAAGUGAGGAGGAAAACAAUUGGGUGUCAGCUGACUUGUCUGUUUCAGAAAUUGAGGAUGGUGAUUUUAAUGAUGAAGAGGGUGGAUAUGAGCGCAACCAGAGAGGUGCUCGUGAAACUGUUGCAGUUAGUAGAAGAAGAACAAACAAGAGGAAGAAUGUGGACUUGAAAGCACAUUCGAGUGAUGGUCAAGGUGAAAGGGCAAUGGGAAAAUAUCAUGGUGUGACUAGAACCAAAAUUCCGCCAAAUGGUUCUAGAAAUGUCCAUCCAAAAUCGCAACGGAGGUCGCCAAAUUUACAUCAGAGAAGCAGGAAGUCUUUGCCAGAAUAGAAUUCAAUUAACUUCAGGGCUUGGUGUGCUGCUAGGACAAACAUAUGGACAGGUCGGCUAUUUGCUCUGAUUCUUCUCCUGAUAUAAAUCUAGGAAAGAAAAGAGAGGGGGAAAAUUGACCAGUUUGAGCCACAAAGGAUGGUUGAUGCUGGUAUUCGAAUGAAGGACCGGACUGGAAAAGUGAUGUAGCCAUUUGAUUGGCUGGGUUGGAGUAUUUGAUGAGUUUAUCUUUGUAUUAUCAACUUCAUUAGAAGCAAGUUGUCAGAAAAUCAAUCAGGUUUAAGAUUCUGUUGGCUUUUUGUCUCUAUCCCCAUUUUAAGUUCAGACAUGUGUCUUAAAAUGGGAAAUUAGAGAUAAUCGAAGUGUUGCAAUACACUUCAGCUCCAUUUUGAUCAGAUAAUGAAUAUAACUUUAGACUUCAAAAUUUAAAAUCAA